CGGGGCCGGGGGCGGGGCCGGCGCUGCCCUGCAGGUCCCCCCGCGCUGCAGGGGGCGCUGUGAGCCUGGGCGGCCCCGGGCCGGGCGGUGGCCGCUCCUAGCGAGUGCGGCCCCUUUUCCGGGUUUCCUCCUCUUCUCCUCCUUCUUCGCCGCCACCGCCGCCGCCGCUGUCCCUUUCCCGGCCGGCGGCUGCCGCUGCUGGUGCCGCCGCCGCCGCCGCCGCCGCCGCCGCCGCCGCCGCCGUCGUCGCCUCCUCGGGGCCGCGAGCCGAACGAAGGCCGCCGCGGAGCGCGAGCGCCGCCCGCCCCACAGCCCCUCAGCCCCGCCGGCCGCUCCAGGGCCGGGCCGGCUCGGCCGGCGCCCCCCGCGCCCCCAGCCCGCCCGCCCCCGCGGGCCCGGCCUGGCGCGGCCGCCCGCCACCACACUCCUCCUCCUGCUGCUCCAGCGCCCCGCGGCCCGCCGCCUCCUGCGCCCGCCGCCCCGCGCCCCUCGCCGCGCCGCCGCCGCCGCCCUCAGCGCCCCGCGGCGCCCCCCGGUCCCGCCCGCCAUGCCCGGCCCGGCCGCGGGCAGCAGGGCCCGGGUCUACGCCGAGGUGAACAGCCUGAGGAGCCGCGACUACUGGGACUACGAGGCUCACGUCCCGAGCUGGGGUAAUCAAGAUGAUUACCAACUGGUUCGAAAACUUGGUCGGGGAAAAUACAGUGAAGUAUUUGAGGCCAUCAACAUCACCAACAAUGAGAGAGUGGUUGUAAAAAUCCUCAAGCCAGUGAAGAAAAAGAAGAUAAAACGGGAGGUUAAGAUUCUGGAGAACCUUCGAGGUGGGACAAAUAUUAUUAAGCUGAUUGACACCGUGAAGGACCCUGUGUCAAAGACACCAGCUUUGGUAUUUGAAUAUAUCAAUAAUACAGAUUUUAAGCAACUCUACCAGAUCCUGACGGACUUCGAUAUCCGGUUUUAUAUGUAUGAACUACUUAAAGCUCUGGAUUACUGCCACAGCAAGGGAAUCAUGCACAGGGAUGUGAAACCUCACAAUGUCAUGAUAGAUCACCAACAGAAAAAGCUGCGACUGAUAGACUGGGGUCUGGCAGAGUUCUAUCAUCCUGCUCAGGAGUACAAUGUCCGAGUAGCCUCAAGGUACUUCAAGGGACCAGAGCUCCUUGUGGACUAUCAGAUGUAUGAUUAUAGCUUGGACAUGUGGAGUUUAGGUUGUAUGUUAGCAAGCAUGAUUUUUCGAAAGGAACCCUUCUUCCAUGGACAGGACAACUAUGACCAGCUUGUUCGCAUUGCCAAGGUUCUGGGUACAGAUGAGCUGUAUGGGUAUCUGAAGAAGUAUCACAUAGACCUAGAUCCACACUUCAAUGAUAUCCUGGGACAACAUUCACGGAAACGCUGGGAAAACUUUAUCCAUAGUGAGAACAGACAUCUUGUCAGCCCUGAGGCCCUAGAUCUUCUGGACAAACUUCUGCGGUAUGACCAUCAACAGAGACUGACUGCCAAAGAGGCCAUGGAACACCCAUACUUUUACCCUGUAGUGAAGGAGCAGUCCCAGCCCUGUGCAGAUAAUGCUGUGCUUUCCAGUGGUCUCACGGCAGCCCGAUGAAGACUGGAAAGCGACGGGUAAUACGGCAUUGAUGCUUGCCAAUAAAACCAACCAACCAAACACAAAUCUUGAAGGAAAACUACAGUGUGAUAAAAAGAAAUCCUAGUCAUUCCUUCUAAAUGCUAAGAAGAGUAAAGACCUAAAAGCCUGUCAAAAAGAAACUCCCCAGUACUAGUCUACAGGGAGCUGCCAUUUUGGCAGCCUGACGAUGCACAUAGUUCAGGAUCUGAGGGAAUGCUUCCUUUGGAAUGCAUGGGAGAUGAGAGACUCGGAGUUGUUGUAUGUUCACUGUUAUUUAACAGGAUACCUCUGUUGAAUUAACCCAUUCAGUCAACAAGCUCUGAAUAUCUGACUUCCUAUCUAUUCCAUUGUGGUCUGGGUUUCCAUUGGUGGGAUUCAGGCUCCAGUUUUAGCAAACUGUCAGCAGAAUAUACUGACACACCAGCCUCAUUUAUGAAAAGGAGAUAUUAAAACAGUGACAGUAUUUUUUUUUAAGCUCUUUUACAAAUUCAUGUUUUACGUAUUUUUUUAAUGACAUGAGCUCUCUAGAAAACGUACCUCAUCCCUGCAGUUUUCUUCUAAGCCUGCAUUUGGAAGCAAACUGCAGACACUUACAAGAGUCCCCUUUGAUGUCAGGAGGCACCACUCAAAACUUAGUGGUGCCGUGCACAGGUCCAUCUGUCUCAUCGAAAGUUCGAUGUUUAGUGCUUAACUUUGAGCUCACUAUAGCUUUUGUUGAUUUACCUAACCAUAAAAUCUUGUUGCUUUUCUUUAUUCCUUUUUUUUUCCUGCCUCCCUCAGCCUGAUAAGGAAACCCUCAUCAUUUCCCAGCACAUGAUUAUGUGCACCUAUCUUAACAUGCUUCUUGGCGGUCUUUUUUUUUUUUCUCAUGGCCAGUAACUAAAGCUGGAAAGUCAGUCUUUGGGUAGGUCAGGAAGGGAGAAAAAUGUCCUAUUAAUAUAUUCAGGAAAGACUUAAUUGGGUAAAAAGAAAAAAGCUGUAUUCCCCACCCCACCCCACCCCUGUAUGCCUCCUUUUAUCCCCAUGAAAACAGCUUCCCAGUAUAAUCAGGGUAAUGUGCAUUUUUAAGCUCUGGUAGGUAAUACAUGAAUGUGAUGACAAAGAAGUCUUUCUCAGAUGGAGGGACUGGAGUUGUGUGGGCAGGGCCACUCAGUAACCCAAAUGACUGAGGAAAUCACACAGAGGACUUGGGGGAGGAAGUGGAGCUCCUGGAGCAAAUGUCAAAAGUUUGGGAUUCAUUGUGCUAACCUUCACACUAGCAGAGGAAGCUAGAUCUUUCUUUUUUCUUUUUUUUUUUUUUAAACAGGGCUGACUUCAUUUUGGGGGCUUGUCACCAAUGCAGUUUGCAAGUGGUCCCCCUCACCCCAGCUGCAGAGCCCUGCAGAGCCAUGUUAUGUCACAGCUGUGGGGAUCUCACACACCUGUGAUAGAGCUAGAGGUGUCUACCACAUCACACUUUAGGAUUUCUUUAUUAACUAUUUAAUAAUGCCAUACAUUUUUAUAAAGUUAGAUUGUUUGUUUGAAACCAUCUGUUUACAUUCCAUAUUCCAAUAAAAUCAUAUUGGUAUUGGUAGCAGGUCCUAUCUCUAAAUGUAGAUUCUAUUUUUGUUGUUUGGUCGGUGGAAACUUAAAAUGCAAAUAAAACUGUACUUAAAGAGUUGAGCUUACAUAUUAAAUAUUGAAAAUAGAUUCCAAAACCAAGAAAUGCACUCAGUUACGGUUUUCAUACCAUUUUUACCUGCCUGUGUUACACCUCCUGCAGAUUAAAUGUAUACAUGUUUUACUUAAGAUCUAAUACCUGAGCUCUCAACUGAAUUUAUAUUGGUAUGUCAGACAGCAAAACUGUCUGGAGUCACAAAGCCUUCUAAUGUGCCCUUCUAGGCAAUACCAAGCUGUUGGUUGCUAUCAGGAAGAUGUGCCACUGUGUGUCUUUCUUUCUCCCCUACCUCAUCUCCUUCUAUUCCUUCCGGCUACCUUUUUCUUUCAGUGGCCUAUCUAGACAGGAAGGGGAGCCUAUAGGAAGUUCUUAGUGAAGCAGUAAUCCUCCUUGGGCUCCCUAAAGGCAAUAACAGCAUCUAGAGGAGAAGAAUCAGAUGAUUAACGUGUGUGUGUGUGUGUGUGUGUGUGUGUGUGUGUGUGUGUGUGUGUGUGUGUACGUACACGUACACACACACACACACAACUGAAUUUAAAGCUCACUCAGAAUUUGAGUCUGGACUUCACACCCUGGCUUACUGUCUAUAUUUGCUCUUUCCCAAACUCAAGUACAUCCAGAUCAGACUUUUUUUUUUCCAGUCUGCUUGUGCCCAAUGUGCCCAGAUGUAUUUAGCUUCCCUGAGAUUUUCGAGUAGUUAGCUGGGAGUUCCAAGUAAGAUGAGAGUGAGUGAGUGAGUGUGUGUGUGUAAGUGUAAAUGGAAAUCAAGUCUUAUAUUGAGACUAAACUAUGGUAGGUUUACUUAUCCAAUAUCUUCUUCAGUUGCAUAUUGUUUCUUAAAUUCAUCUCAGUAAUUUCAUUAAAUGUUUUGGUUAUUUCAUUACCUUAUAACAGGUUAAAAGUGCCUAUGAUAAGGACUUAAAUAUUUCCUAGAGAAAAGCAAAAAAUGUGGGGAACAGGGUAGUGUUACACUAUCAUCUCAGGUAAUGCCUAUGUUCAAGAACAUAGACCUGUCAUGGUGAGAAUAAAAGGUUCCUAUGCCAAAUACAGAUAAUUUGUCAGCCACAAGUGAGCAUAACAAGCUUUUGCUCCAGCCAAGAAUCUCAGGGUGAGAGCAGAACUGAUAAAGUGCUAAAUAAUUUCACCAUGGUUUGCUUGCAGUUCACUCUCCCCUUGAUCAUUAUCAGCUGCCUGCUGCUCCACCUUGUCUGUCCUGUCCCUGUGGUUGGUGACUAGGUGGGAGCAGCCAGCAAGUAUAUAAUGCCAUCCAGCACUCCUGGGUCAUCUUAGCAACUAAAGGAGUGCUGAUGCCAGUUUGGUGAGGCACUUAAACACCAGUGUCACUCAACGAGGUCUCCUAACAGACAUUUUGUAGCAUAUUGGAAGUCAUAAGGAUAAGGCUCAAAGCACAUUCCCUCCCAGAGAACAAAAUUACUGUCCGACUAACUGAUUAGAGGAGACAGAAGAGCUUGUAAUCAAUCCGUGGGGACAGAGAGACUGUUAAGAACUGGAACCAGUAAAAACAAGGUAGAUCUUAAGAGGAAGCAUGGCUUCUUGAGCACUGAGUUCAUGGUGUUGUGGGAUGGGCACUGCCCCCCUGGACUGAUCCAGUGGGACUGAAGGGUUGUGCUCUCAGGCAGAUGCUGAGUCCCAGAGAUUGCUGGUGGUCUCAGUCAGUCUGCACCUACUCAGGGAAAUGAGCUUCUCCCGGGUACUGCAUUGAUGAGGAUGGAAGCAAACUACUUGGGGUCACAAGCCACAGUUGGAAGCAUCUUGAUAUAUGCAUUGAGAUGUCUCUGGAGAGAACCCAGUUAACUGUCCUUUAAUGCCAGUUCAAAUUAAAUGGUUUGUGUAGAAACUUGUGUUAUUGUACAAGUAACUACGGGGUGGGGGGGAGCUCCCUUCUACAUAUAAAUAGGAGUUGGGGGGGGCUGGUCAGAAUCAAGGUCACUGAGAUACAAGACCUGCCAAAGCAGGGUUCACAUGAGCACAUAAAUUUUGUCAGUGAGCUUAAUAAAUUAAGACUGAAUAAUGUCCUGCCUUUAAAAACUAACCCUGAUGUGGAAAGGGGGUGGGGGAAAAACAUCUACCAAGAAAAACAGUAAUAGCAUAUGCUUUUGAACUACAUGGAUGCAUUGGUGAAAACUGCCCCCACCAAGUAUUGUAGAGGCUGGGGAAAGAGAUGCAAUGGGAUUAUGCAAGUGAUGCAGACUUUUGUGUAGAGACUUAACAAUGUGCUACAGAUGUUAAAACUUAAUCCUGAACUACAUGUAUUGGGGAUUGUUUUUUGUUUUUUUUUUUUAACUUUCAUUGAAUCAAUAAAUUAACAGUUUUUUCA